ACUUGACCUAGUUUUCUUUUCAUCGUCGCAACCAAUGGCCAAACACGGUUCAUGUAAAACAUUUUAAAGACUCGAAUCUCGAAAAGGACUUCCUUGUUCAAAACAAACCGAAAACAUGAUUUACUGUACGACAGUCUGGUAUGGUUCUCUAAAUGUUUGAUUUCUCGUAGUUUGUUAAGAAUGUGAAGAAUGUCGGAUAACAAAAUUCCUCAACCUUUAGAUAAUAUAGGUUGUCAAGAUCUCUUACAGGAAGACUACCGGCAUUGCGGAUGGUUACGAAAACAGAGUUUCAUCAACAGAUUAGGAAAAUUUCGUUGGCCGCAGAUUUACAUGGUGAUAAGUGAUGGGUGUGUCUAUUACUUUAAGAAUGAAUAUAGCACACGGCCAGCUGGGAAGUUUACUCUUUACGGAUACAGCUCUGUCACUCGGGCACAAGAGAAGGUAUCCCCUAAAGUAGCCCCAUUUGCCUUCAAAGUGGUCCACGCCUCGCCUGAAUAUAAGACUUACUUCUUUGCUGCAGGAUCCGAGAAAGAAAUGAAGGAAUGGAUGAGACAUAUUAAAAGUCAACUGGUUAAGGCUAAUGGACAAAAGGCAGAUAAUUAUUAUUAUAUGUAUAAGAGAGCGGAAAAAGAGGCGGUGGCUGCGGAGGAAGACGAGAAGUCCAUGACGUAUCAAGAAAUUGAAACAGAUAUAUAUGGCGAUACUAACACCUUCAAAGCCACGAGUGACUAUGCCCUAAAGUUUAGACUCAAAGGAAAAGAUGACGCAUCGGAUGACGAGGAUAUAUCGAUUCCCGCCCCGCCCCCACGGAGGGGACUGGCAAAGGAUGCUUACAAAGAAAGACCCCCAGCUCCUCUACCAGGUCAGGAGGACAGACCAUCAGUCCCUCCUCGACAGACCAAAGGAGAUACUUCAUCGAAACCAGCGAGAGAUACUGGACAGAGAAAUGGACAAAGGACAGAAACUGGACAGAGGAAUGGACAAAGGCGAAGGGAAUCUGAGGAAGCGGUCGCUAGAGUUCAUAAAGAGUUAACAGAGUCACUCUCAAGCAGUCAUUCAAGAGGUAAAAGGGGCAAGGAAAACAGUCCAUUUUCCGGCAGAAAUGCAAACAUCGCAGUAGAACCAGAAGAGGACGAGGAGGAAGAGGAUAACGAAGACUACUGGAAGAAUAUUUACUAUGAAGGCGAGGAGAAAGAGCGAGCGCAGGAAAUAAUAAGGAACAUUGGUGAAGAUGGGGUAUACCUAGUUCGAACAGGCGCUGAUGGUGGACAGGUGCUAGUAGUGUAUGCAGAAAACAUGCCCAAGAAAUAUAAAAUUACAAAUGAGAACGGCGAAUAUUAUCUAAAGAAGGAGGGCCCGCAUUGUGAUUCGGUGGAGAUGUUGAUGUACACCUAUUACAGCACUGAGCUUCCAACAGCAAAAUCUUGUUUAGAGACGCCUUUCAAACUCCACUCAAAAUACAAAGGAUAGCUGUCCCAUAUUUGUUGUUAGUAAAGCACACCUACUGAUAGAUAUGUACUUAUUUUCAAAUGUACACACUGCAUUCCAAUUUAGGAACUUGUAAGUGAGAGAAAUAAUUGAUAGAUGAACUUUGUUAAUUCAAUGCAUGUUUUACGUUGUAUAUAUGAACCAUUACCCAAAUAUUUGAUUUGUUUCAAAACACGUUGCUGAUUUUUACCAAAGGAGUGGGGAUAGUUUGAAAUUCGAUUAACCAAAUGUCCUUGAUUUCUUUUCCUUUGUAUGCCCCCUGUAAUUGAAGAAUCUAACUCAACUUCUCUCUGCUAUUUCGUCUGUCUGUCUUCAAAUACUUUAACCUUAGCAAUAACGUAUAUUUCCUGUGCAGGACCUUUCUUUUGGUUAGUGACCUUUACUUUAGGGUUUGACCUAUUGAAAAAAUUAACCAUGGGCAUAAAAUUUUAAUGGUUGGUGAUGGGGCUUUCAUAUUUCACAUGUGUAUUCCAUUUGACAAGAUCUUUCUUUAGGUAGCAAUUCUUUUUACCUUAAGACUUUGACCUCGGUCAUACUUGAGCAUCAGUAAUUCAUAGACGUAUCUUGUUUAAUUUUUUUGUUAAUUUCGUACUCAUACACUGGAAAUGAAAUAAGUUUUUAAAAAAAUUCAUGGUAGAAAAAUAUGUAAACAUAUUGUCCACGCAAGUUCCUGAGAAUCAAGACCCCCUAUACCAUGUUCAAUUAUGUGCCAUUUUCCACGAUUUCGCCCCUACCUAAUUCCCUGUGGAGUUUUGACAACUGCGUCAGUAUGCUUACUAAAGAAGAAAAAAUAUUUAAACUACUGGGGGAACUUUACCUAUCUUCUUCAACAUGAAAUCACCCUCUUAUAAAUCAGUGAUUUUCAUAACGAGCAUUAGCUGCAGAACUGUAUCACUCCGGUAUACCUCUUCCUGAGAGCUACAGUUGUGCAGCUAGUCACAUGCACACCUUCAAGCACAGAAAACGAAUGAUUAAUUCCCUCGCCAUUGAAGGAUAAUUAUACUAUGUAUAUUUUUAUAAUAAUUGUAAAAUACGAAAUUAUUCGCCCUUUUUGCAAUCACAUUAUUAUAAACCAUAUUUAACUUAGGUGCAUACAUGUGCAUGUUGCCAAAGUAAGAACAAGUAUCACAAAGGAGAAUGGAUACAGAUUGCCUCUUUACUUGGACCCAUUCUCUACCCAGAGUUCCAUGCGCUACUCUACCGCUGCAGAGCCAAGCUGUACUUUUAGAGAAAUUCUCAAAAGGACAUAAGGCCUAGACAUGUUUUCACUUCGAAGAAGUCCGUUCACUGUUAGGUUUUUUAAAGCAAAUAUAAAGUUUAUAUAUAACAACACAUCUUUUAAUUUGUACACAGAUGCAUGUGUCGUGUGUAAAAUGUCAUUAACGACCUUCCUUAAUACUGGAAACGGACAGUGUUAUAUGAUGAGUUGUCUAUUUCUAUUUCACCCAGUCUCUGUAAGCUUUGUGUUUUGUUUCACAAUAAAACCGCCACUGCCCCCCCCCCCCCCCCUUCCUCCGCCGCCAGAGAAAACGAAGACGCUGUUCUGAUAGGGGCUCUUCAUGAUAUAGAACUUGUCAAGGCUGGUGUUGUUGUAGAACUUAUCUGGUAUCCAGUAGGUUGAACUAGCAGUUGCCGUUCUGUCCAUGCGUGUCCGGCGUCAGCUGUGAAUUUUUAAAUAUUCCAUUGAGAAAAAAUGUUGAUAUAAGCAUUGAAUAGUUUAUUGUUGUUUUUAUAUGCAUUUUUCAAAUAACACGAAAAGCUGUUCAGACAAAUUAUUCUACGCGCAUUAUUCAAUUUGUUUGCAUACCGUUUAAUGUUAUUAGCAUAAUAGAUGUAAAAAUAAUUGUUUUCUGGUCAUCCAUAUAUUAAUUGGUAUAAAUCACUUCUAGUUAAAACAUUUUUUUGUAAUUGUAAGCUUUUUAAAGUUGAGAUAUAUACAUGUAUCAAUUAUAUGCUGUUUUGAGUAACUCGCAUGGCUAUUAGUAGAUGUUGUGUGUGUUGUAUUCCGUUCUUUUCAAUUACUUGAUAUCGGUCAAUAAAUUUCCAACAGUGUCAAAA